AAAUCUUUACUGGGUCAUGGUUUUCCGGGCAUUCCAGGGUCAAAUGGCAUGCCGGGAGUGCCGGGCGUCCCCGGGCCACAAGGACCCCAAGGAAGGGAAGGUGUAAAAGGACAAAUUGGUGAUAAAGGAUCACAAGGAAAGCCGGGUCCAAGAGGAGACAAAGGGCGCGAAGGACCCCCUGGGAAGAGUGGACCACGAGGAAUGAAAGGCUUAAAAGGUGAAACAGGACUUGUGGGAAUGAAAGGAGAAUCAGGAAUUGUGGGAAAUCCAGGAAGAAAAGGAGACAAAGGAGAGAAAGGAGAAAGCGCCAAAGCAAGUCAAGCAAGUGUAGUACCACAAACCAACUGGAAACAAUGUGUGUGGAAAUCAGACAGCGGUACUGAUCACGGAAAGAUUAAGGUAAGCAAGAAAUAUGCUAAAUAAUUGGAAUAAAUCACAAGAAAAGUACACGAUCUCAUUCCAUAGAAAAAGGUAGAAAAUUUAAGAUUUUGCUGCAAUUAAUCUCGAGUCAAAUAAAUAGCUCUGAGAAGAUAAAUCUCCUUCCCCUUCCUGUGAUCAUCACGCCAUUUAACCUCCGAUUCGGAUGAUAACUAUUUCCUUUUCCCAUUUAGUAUUACAAUAAUAAAGGCGUUACUGAAUAGAUCUUGAUUGUUUUCCAGGAGUGUGCUUUUAACAAAUUAAAGUCUGGUUCAGCGCUCAAAGUCUCAUUCCAGGGAAACAUGAGGGUCCAGGGUGAUGAAAAGUGUAAUCGCUGGUAUUUCACGUUCAAUGGAAACGAAUGCAAUGGACCAAUGACGAUUGAGGCUGCUGUUUACAACAACUGGUCAUCUGCUGGGAACCAUAAUCUGUUGCAUCAUCGGUCAUUUGAGGGAUACUGUGAAAACAUUCCACAAGGGGCAGUUAGAGUGGAAUUAUGGGUAGGACAGUGUGGCAGCCUAACCCUGGGUGAUGCUCACACUGGGUGGCUUUCUGUGUCCCGGAUAAUGAUAGAAGAAGUGUCUAGGCCCCAGUCCUAA